AUGUCCAAUGAUUGCGCAAAUUAUGGUCGAUCCCCCUCUGGCCUGAAUAAUAGUAAGGAAGAAGAUUACAAGCCAUAUAAUUUCAAAAGGUGUGGUGAUUCAGAUAAGAAAGUCACCUCAAAUUCUCAUGCGAUUUCUGAUCCUGGACAGCAUCAACCAAUGAACGAAGGAUUUCAGAGUGCUCUUUUCAAUGCACUUAACCUGUUUUUUGGUAGGUUAUUAUUACAUGUCACGGUAGGGAAAGUGAAUGAUGACGAACAAGACCAAAGUAAUGAACAAAGAGUAAGUAAAAGAGAUAAUGGUGAAGAAAACCUCGUCUAUUACCCUAGCGAGGACAUCAGUAACGAAACCAUAGAAGACAACGAAGAGGAUAAUAGUAUAAUAAUAGUUGAUGCUCUUCUGGAUCAGCUGGACCAGUUAGCGCCAUUCGUUAAUCCAAAGAAGGAAGAACAAAGCGCAAAAGUAAAGUCCGAAGCACCUCAACAAUAUGGAACAUCAUUUGGCAUCUCUCAGGACUCUAAGUAUUUAAGUUCGAUGGGUAAUAGAAACUACAAACCAGAGUUGAACCGCUUUGCUGACGACAAUUCAAGUAGCACAGUUGAUGUCCUCAACUUGAUUCCUAAUUACAGAGACGAGUACAAGAACACCAUCUUGAAACAUUAUUUGCCAGAAGAGCCAGUAUCAAGGCUCAAGUACUCAGUUCUUGACUCGUUACUAUCAAAUUUUCACAUAGAUACGAUAUCGGAUCUUUAUAAGAAAGAAAAGUCCGCAGUUCAAGACGCUGUAUUAAAAGAGAGGGAACAUUUAAAAACUCAUAUUCAGGGCUUGAGUUAUGAACAAUCAUUAGUUGUCGAGAAGUCUUGGAGUAGGGCCUCUAAUGAAAUCAUAGUAUCCGAUUUUCAAAUUGAAAUUUGUACAAGAGAUUUACGCACUUUGAAAGACGGCCAAUGGUUAAAUGAUAAUGUAAUUGACUUUUACUUCAACUUGAUCACUUCCAACGAUCCGAAAGUUUAUGGGUGGACAACACAUUUCUACACCACCCUAGAAUCAAAAGGGUAUCAAGGUGUAUCUCGAUGGGCAAGACGAAGGAAAAUAAAUCUUGUCGAAAAGGACUUAAUAUUGAUUCCGAUAAACAUUAUGGAAACUCACUGGGCGUUAGCAGUGGUUGAUAAUGUAGCUAAAUCGAUGAAGUAUUUUGAUUCUUUGACAACUAAUGGAAACAUGAGAGCGUUGAAGAUAAUCAGUAAUUAUAUGAAUCAUGAAGCAGAGCGCUUGAAUAUUUCACAAAAUUAUGACGACUAUACCUUUUCUGAGAACGAAAAAACACCACAGCAAAGAAACGGAUCAGACUGCGGAGUAUUCACUUGUACGUGUGCUAGGUUCAUUGCAAAGCAUGAGGCGUUAUCCUUUGGUCAAAAAGAUAUGAAAAUUAUUAGAAGAAGAAUGGCCUACGAAAUAAUCGAGAAAAAGUUAUUAGACUAA